ACUCUCUUGAAACGGUUGUGCUGGAUUAAAAACGAUUGAAAAUAAUUGAAAUUUAUUAAUUCAUAAAAUGAAUUUUAAAUUAACAAAUCACUGCAUAUGUAGUGUCAUUGUUCUAAUAUGUUGGUCUUUAAGCGGGAGUGGUGCGGUAGAUGAUUUUAAAAGUGAAAGGGGCCAAAAACUAGUAAGGCUUUCAAAAACUGCUGACAUUAAAUCAUUUAUGAAAAACACAACAGAUCCCUGUGAUGAUUUCUAUACGUAUUCCUGUGGCACCUGGCAUUCAAUUAAUCCAGCUCAAUAUAGUGGCAACAUAAACACCGACAAAUUUCAGAUGUUCACCAAGGGCAUUGAAAAAAAAUUGAAUGAGUUGAUACUGACGGAAAAAAGUGGAACUGGUGGUGUGGCCGAUAAGGUCAAAGAUUUCUAUACCUCUUGUCUGAAUGCCAAAGUGGACAGUGCAAAGUAUCGCGAAUCAUUGACUAAAAUCUAUAAAGAAUUUGGUGAUUUCUCGGCUUUCAAAACAGAGGAGCAAUUAAAAGAAACCGAUUUCGAAUGGUGGUCGACGGUGGCUAAAAUUCAAAAUAAAUAUGGAAAGCCUAUUAUACUUUCGCUUUACAUUUUAGACGAUUUAAAAGAUAAGUCCAAAACCAUGGCCUAUAUUGGACCGCCGGAAUUUGAACUGACCCAGGGAGCGGUAAAUAUGGUGCAUACCCUACAACAAGAUAGAAUACGUAAAUUUCUGCAAUUGUAUUUGAAAAUGGCACCAGAAGAUGCCUCAAUAACGGCCCAAAAUGAGAUGAUAUUCGAAAAUAAUUUAUCACAGGGCGCCACAGAUGUGCGUGAGGGCAAAAGUGUGGAAGAGCUUCUGACCCUGUACAAUACCACCGAUUUGUUUGAUAAAUAUCAGCAUUUAUUUGAUGUUAAAGAAUAUUUAGAAAUCGUAUUGGGCUCUAAAGAUCUGCCAGACCAAGUUUAUGUCUACGACGAGUCAUAUCUGGAGGGUUUAUAUGAAGUUUUCAAUACCACCGAAAUGGAACUUGUGGAGGACUACAUUCUAUGGAUAUUUUUGGAUGAAUUUCUGAUCGACAUCACCUUCGGCGAUAUGAAACAAGAGUGCAUAGACAAAACGAAAAAAUAUUUUGGAAAAUUUAUUGAUCAUGCCAUGUACAACCAGUACCGCAGCAAUGAAUCUGAGGCUGAUAUAUAUGAACUGUGGGAUGAUAUUAAGAGCACAUUUAGGUAUAACUUGCAGACCAAUUACUAUCCUUGGAUGUCAAAUGCUACACGUCAAGAAGCCAUCAAGAAAUUGAAUAACAUGAAUUUAACCAUAAACUCCUAUGACAAUGACAACUUUAUUGAGCUCUUUAAAAACCUCGACAUAGAUCUCUCCGACUAUGUGCUGAAUGUACAAAAUAUACUUGAACAUGCCGAGUCUUUAAGAGAAAACAAAUUGGAGAAGAAAACUGAAGAAGAUGCUCAGGUUUUGUCCUUCACCCCCGUCUAUAAUAUUUUGGAUAAUCAAAUCAAAAUACCAGUUGCACUGCUACAGCCACGUUUCAUUUGGGAUCCUAUAUAUCCCAAAGCCAUACAGUACGGCACUUUGGGUUAUCUCAUAGCCCACGAAAUGAUUCAUGGUUUCGAUGAUGAGGGUCGCAACUAUGAUGCCAAUGGCAAAGCCUUCAACUGGUGGGAUGAAAAAUCCGCUUACGAAUUCGAAUCGAGACGCAAAUGUUUCGUGGAUCAGUAUCACAACUAUACCUACGAUGGCAAACUUUUGCCCAAAAGUGAUCUGCAGUCGGAAAAUAUUGCCGAUAAUGGUGGCAUAAAUAUUGCUUACGACGCCUAUCUUCGCUGGUUGGAAAAGAGAAAACUGACUGAAACCGAUGUGGAGAAAAAUGAUACACUGCCUCGCUUACCUUACAAUAACCGUGAAUUGUUUUUCAUUAGUUUUGCCCAGCUGUGGUGUGAAGACAUUCUCUCAAUGUUCCGUAGCUCAUUUGCCAACGGUGACAUUCAUGCUCCCGGAAAGUUUAGAGUUAUUGGUCCAUUAUCAAACUCCAGAGAGUUUUCGUGGAUAUUCAAGUGUAAUAAGACAAAAUGUAACAUGGAUCCACCAAAGAAAUGUAAAAUUUAUUGAGACAGUCGUUUUUUUAUCUUAAUUAAGUCUAAAGGAAUUAGCUGUUGAGGAAUAAAGUGUAUAGCGUAUUUGAAAAAUGUUUAACAAAUUGUAAUAAUUAGUUAUUAGUAGUUAUUUGUAACUGAAAGCGUAUAAAAUAAUGUGUAUAUUUAUGAAUAAAAAUGUAUGUAAAUAAAUCUUUAUAUACAAAAAUUCAACAAAUCAA